AUGCCCUCCCAUAAGGCCACAUCCCGACAUGCCGCGGUGUGGGGUUUGACUGAAACUCGUUUCCUUUCCAAGCCCUGUUGGUAUCGUUUGAUUCCUUCCGAGACUUCCUUGUUUAUUUCACUGACUUCUUGCAUGAAUUUCAGCGAAGCGUGUCGACUGGCCCCCCUGGAGAGCGCGCAGUUAUCGGUUGGCUUCUGUGCCUUUACAAUUCCGGUAGAAAUCGACCAGCCGAGAUCAAUUCUAUCGAAUGGUCCGUCUACAAUUCUUUCUCUCGAAAGAGGAUCGUCCAGUAUCGUCUUGCUGGAAGACGCGGAUGGGGAUGGCGUGGCCGAUAGCCGCCGGACAUUGGCAACGGCACCAGAUCUCAACCACGGUCUCGCCCUUCACGACGGGUAUGUCUACGCCUCGAGUGAUCAGAAUGUUUACCGGUGGGCCUAUACCGAAGAUUUUGGAUCCGUAGACCCCAGCCCUACUUUGGUGGUGAACAAUAUCAAUGCGGAUGGGCAGGGCGGGGCGCCGUUCGGGCAUCGGACCCGAACCAUCAUCUUUGACGGUUCGGACCGACUCUACAUUUCGGUAGGAAGUGCCGGAAACGUGGACGACGACUCCUUUCGGAGUCGCAUUCGUCGAUUUUCGGAUCUGGACCCGUCCAAUUUUCCCAUUGAUUUCUUGCAAGGCGAAGUCUUCGCGGACGGGUUGAGAAACGAGGUGGGUUUGGCUUUUGAUACGCAUGGCGUUCUGUGGGGUGUGGAAAAUGGAGCGGACAAUCUGGAAAGGUCGGAUUUGGGUGGCGACAUUACCAACGACAAUCCAGCUGAGGAACUCAAUCGUUUUCGCGAGGAGGAUGUGGGACGACACUACGGUUAUCCCUACUGUUGGACCGAGUUCCUCUUGAGUCCGGGCUUGGGACAGGGCCGAGGAACGGCAUGGGCGUGGCCUACGUUCUUGGCGAAUGGGGCCGUGACGGACGCGCAAUGCCGGAACAACUAUAUCGGCCCAGUCGUUAGCAUGCAGGCGCACUCGGCACCCUUGGGUAUCACGUUUUACCGAUGGAAAGAACCCAAUGAGCUUCCCCAAGACUGUACCGGUGGGUUCCCUCGUUCCAUGGACGGCUUUGCGUUCCUAGCGUUCCACGGAUCGUGGAACCGAGACAUCCCGACGGGAUACAAGGUAACGUACGUACCCAUGGACGAAAACGGUGAGGCCCUCGGGGAACCCGUCGACUUGCUGGCGCACAUUGCCCCCAACGCUUCGUGGGCCAGCGGAUUCCGGCCCGUCGACGUGGAUUUUGACUCCUGUGGCCGUUUGAUUGUUUCGAGCGACGGAAGUCGUCAGGACGGAGCCUACCGCGGGUCCGGCAUUGUGCGAGUCGAGUAUCAGACGUUGGAAUCGUCAUUGGUUCCCGGUCCGUCCGCACCGCCCACGGCGAUCAAUACCGAUACGGUUGCGCCGGUACCGGCACCGACGAUUACCCAGCCUCCGCUGGCGUCGCCCACUUCCGCCGCGAAGAAUUGGGGCUACCAGUGGAGCGUGGCACUAUUUCUACUGAUGGUGCAGGACUUGUGUUGGUAGGAAAGGAGCCUUGGUGGUGAUGCCCGGUAUGGAAGAGCGUUGCAGUCAAAUAUGUAUAUAGCCACUACGGCUUGGUGUAAAAUAUAGUGGUUUUCAGUGUCGGUACCCCAAAGCCGUUUUUCUUUUUUCACAAGUAAAUGUUAGCUGUAUACAGUAGCGCAUGGAGGGGAGCGCUGGACGCUCUGUUCGGUACGGUGCGGGCGAUCGGCGUUUCGCUCUCGCGCAGGGACGAAAUCAGUGGGAAUCCGUCGACACGGGACCACCACGGAAAAAACAGCUCUCGUGCAACGAUCGUGUCGUGUUGGAAUGGGUUGUCGUAUCCCUACUUGGGAACGUUCACCGCGCCCAUCGCCAGAGGGUGGACGGUACGUGCGCCACGGCACCACUGGCACAAGUUUGCUGUGUAGCCGUGUAUUCCUUGGGGUAUUUCAAAUGCAGCUUCGUGUCCGCGGCGUACCCUUGAAUGGAUCCCCACCGGGAGCAAUCCGUGGGAGCCAUGCAGGUGUACAUGUUGCGGGUAAAGCGACGGAGCAAGGGCUCCAAACCCGCG